CUACGCAGUGGAGGUCUGAUUAUCGAAUUAACGACAGUGGAAGCAGCAAAAUGGAUACGAAUUGAAGAUCACCAACGCAUUCGAAUCCCCAGCCCUAAUCAAGAACGCAGAUACACCAUCAUCGUCCCAUUCCUCCCGGUCAAUCUAGGCAUCGAAGACGCCGACUGGAGAAGAGAGAUAGAGAUAGAAAACGGAAUGCAAACAGGCGUCAUCGAAGCAGCAGGAUGGAUCAAACCCAGGGUACGAAGAGCACCAGGGCAAAGUGUAGCCCACGCAACACUUCACUUCGCAGAUCCAUCAGCAGCAAACUUGACCCUACGAGACGGCAUCUACAUCGGGCAAGAGAAAUUCCAUCCACGCAAGGACAAACGCGAACCAAUACGCUGCGUUAAAUGCCAAUUAUGGGGCCAUAUGGCAAGAGACUGCAAUGCACCUAAAGACGUUUGUGGGACGUGC